UGAGAGGCAGGUCAGUCAGGUUCUUGGCUGCUCCAUUACACAAGCAAGAUACUGCCAGCCAGCCAACCAGUCAGCCAGUCAGCCCCACCUAAUUUUGUGUCUCUCGCAUCUGCCUGUGUCCUGCUCAGUGCCACUUUGUCACACUUAACCCACCUGCUCUUUCAUGUGCUGAGGACUCAUUCCAGCUAGAACAACUUGAUAUUUUAUUUCCCAUCUGUAAACACCUGUUACUUCUGAAGAUUCCUCAUACUAAAACCAAUACCAAAGAAAGCUACCAUGUUGACCUUAGCCAAAGUUGCAUUGAUCUCAAGUCUGUUCAUUAUGUUACCAUUUGGGAGGCCUCAGAAACAAAAUCCAAGAAGAAAUGCAACUCAGUAUACCAUAGAAGAUUUGAAAACAAUGGGAAACAAAUCCAUUCCUUUGGAAAGGAGCACAAACAUAACUUCAGAGAAUGAAAGUAGUAACACCUCCAAACCUAUGGUGACAGAUGCCUCUCUUUUGGAUCUACCCACAAUCUACAAAACAAGAAAUUCCACCAGUAACUGGCUAACAGCUAUCUCUACUGAGAAUCCAAGACCCACCUCUACAUAUUCUAUCCCUCCCUUGGCUCAUGGUUUUGUUUCCAAGUUACCUUUGAACUCAUCCACAGCAGAUGUAAAUCCUUUACAAGUCUCAGCACAUUCCAAUUCUGUACAUCCCACAUCACCAGACAACUUUACUUGGUCUCUGGACAAUGACACCAUGCAUUUUCCUGACAAUAUUUCCAGUACAGCCAGCAUCCUCCCUCUGCCUCCAAUGACCACACCUGUGACCCCUUUGACAACUGAACCUACUGGAUGGCUUGACACAAACGAUGACAACUUUGCUGGGUUUACCCCAUAUCAAGAAAAAACAACUUUGCAGCCUACCUUAAAAUUCACCAAUAAUUCAAAACUUUUCCCCAAUCCAUCCGACCCCCAAAAAGAGACUAAGAAUACAGCAAUAGUAUUUGGCACCAUUUUAGGGGCGAUUCUGGGUGCUUCCCUGCUUAGCCUUGUUGGCUACUUAUUGUGUGGACAACGGAAAACAGAUUCAUUUUCCCAUCGGCGACUUUAUGAUGACAGAAAUGAACCAGUUCUGCGAUUAGACAAUGCACCAGAACCUUAUGAUAUCAAUUUUGGAAAUUCUAGUUACUACAACUCAACUGUGAGAGAUUCAACCACGCCAGAAGGUGGAGAAAGUGUGCAUGAUAGCAUUCCCAUGGAUGAUAUACCUUCACUUCGAACCUCGAUAUAAAACUAGGAGAAGAAUGGCUACAGAGGGCAAGAGUUCAUCUCCAUCAUGACCUUUUAAUAAAUUCAAGAGGUUCUGCAAGAUCAUUGCUGUGCCUUCUGCACAGGGAGAGCUGCAGAGGCAGGAGCCGUGCAGCAGAACAGCAGGUCCAUCACCCAAAAGCUUUCUUUCCUUGCAGUCUUCAGAGGGCUGAAGCAUGCACUAUAUAAUCAUACUUUGUGUUUCCAUUUAUUUCUCUAGAAAACCUUUGUGGAAUUAGGUAAAAUUAAUACACAUCACCAUGGUAGCACUGAACGAUAACUUAAUAAUAACCAUUCUUCACACAAAAUCUGGGGACCAAAACUACAUGUUCUUAAAAUAUUUGGUGUUUAAACAAGAAACUAGCGUUAACUCUUCACUCCUCUUGUCUGUAAUCAAGAACUACAGAACAAAGCAAGCAUUUUCUUGGGGUACAAUUUAGAUGGCAAUUUUAUUUGUUUGUUUCAAAGCCAGAAAUAUGAUAUGGUAAAGUUUCUGAUCCUGAGAAAUUAAGGCAAUAAUAAUGAAAGCACUGUCGUCUUCUAAUACAUUUCACUUUUCUACAACAGCAUACACACACACAUGGUCAGUCUCUUUGGUUGGCCAGUUGACAAUGAAUGCAUUCAGCAGGGCCAGUAAGUAAACCAAAUCCAGCCAGGAAAAUGAUAGCUGCCCUAAAAGUCCUCAAUGUUUUAAGCAAUUCCAAUGUGCAUGAGUACACAUCAGGUUUCAAUUAAUUAGGCUCCUUAAAAAUCUCAAUGAGAAACAUGAGGAAAAGACUAAAGAAUACCUAUACAUAAUUAGUCUGAUUUUAACUUGCUAGCUAGAAAUUGAAUUUGCAAUACAUUAUACAUUUUUGUUUAGUCAUAUGUGAAACAGUCCGUCCCUCUAAAGGUAUGAAGCACAAGGCAAAACAACAAGUAAAAUCAUCAAGCCAACUCAUCACCACUUCUUGUACCAGUAAAAAUACAAGAGAUUUAACUUUAGUUUUAGUUUGUCUCUGAUAGUGUAAGCCUUGGAGAUUAGAGUAUUAAAUAAGAGUUAAAUUCCCAGUGAGUGAAUGUAUGAAGAAGGCAAAAAAAAA